AUGGUACACCUUGUGGCUGUACCAGAGACAAUCACGGCAAGUGGCUGUGCUUGUGUCUUUAUCAACACUAUCUUCCGACUUCAAGGGUUGUCCCGUGAACUCGCAUUAGACAGAGACCCCCGCUUCAUAGCAGAAUUCUGGCAAUCCGUGUUCAAAUCACUCGGAACGCACUUGAAGAUGUCGACAUCUGAUCAUCCAGAGUCAGAUGGUCAGACGGAACGUGCCAAUCGUGUCCUUGAAGAGAUACUUCGAGGAUACGUACACUCCUUUAAGAGUUGGAGUGAGUUCUUGCCAAUGGUAGAGUUUGCCAUUAACAACUCGGUGCAUGCGUCCACGACACAUACACCGUUUUACGUGAAUGGCUUGCGCCAUCCGCGUGUACCCACCUUACUAGAGUGUAGCUCUGGUUUAAGGGAGGGAGGAACUCGCGCGAGCAAAAACCGAAUUGGUUCACGCUCAUCACGCUCUGACGAAGAGGUCAUUGCGUUUGAUGCCGAUAUCGACAACAUCGAUAUCGAAGAAGAUGAUGCCAGUGAGAGCGAGGAAGCCCUCACUGAAGAAGAGAUUGAUGUCGCUGCAGUGCACUCACAGCGCACCGAAGCUAACGAGUCAGCAGAUGAGUUCAUACUGGCUCGUGGAACGGUAGUCCGUUUUGUUCAAUACUCCAUCGCCGAAGAGGUGGAUAAGCAAAAGCAAAACGCAGACAAGAAUGGAAGGGCAAACACUCUUUGA